CAGUUGGCUUCAAAACAUGGCGGACAAAGAUGAAUCCGAAAAGACUAUUGCUGAAGAUUUGGUUGUUACCAAAUAUAAGAUGGCUGGUGACAUAGUAAAUCGUGUCUUAAAACAAGUUAUCAAAGCAUGUGUCCCGGGUGCUUCAGUUCGCACUGUAUGCGAGUUGGGAGACAACCUCAUAAUAGAAGAAACCAGCAAAGUUUUCAAAAAAGAAAAAGAAAUGCGUAAAGGCAUAGCUUUUCCUACUUGUAUCUCAGUUAACAAUUGCAUAUGCCACUUCUCACCUUUAGAAAGUGAGCCGGAUCUUAUAUUAAAGGAUCAAGACGUCGUUAAAGUUGAUUUAGGGGCACAUGUAGAUGGUUUCAUUGCGGUUGUCGCCCAUACUAUCGUGUUAGGUGCGAGCGAGUCUAAUAAAGUGACGGGACGUAAAGCUGAUGCCAUGCUAGCUGCUCAUUACGCUUCACAGGCUGCGUUAAGAUUAUUGAAACCAGGAAAUCAGACAUACACAGUAACUGACGCAGUUCAAAAAGUUUGCGAAGCAUACAAAUGCAAACCUAUUGAAGGCAUGCUUUCCCAUCAAUUGAAGCAAGGAAAAAUUGAUGGUGAAAAAACGAUAAUUCAGAACCCGACAGACGCUCAGAGAAGAGAACAUGAAAAGUUUGAUUUAGAAACACAUGAAGUUUAUGCAAUGGAUGUACUCGUUAGCUCUGGGGAAGGAGUUGGCAAAGAAAUGGAUACUAGAGUCUCUGUAUACAAAAAAACGGAUGAAACGUACCAGCUAAAAUUAAAAGCUUCAAGGACUUUUUACUCAGAGGUUAGGGAAAAGCAUGGUUCUAUGCCUUUUACCCUAAGAAGCUUUUCUGACGAAAAAAAAGCCCGUAUGGGAGUCAACGAGUGUGUUAGCCAUAAACUUAUUGAACCAUUUCAAGUACUUUACGAAAAGCCAUCUGAAAUAGUAGUGCAAUUCAAAUUCACAGUAUUGUUAAUGCCUAAUGGUCCGCAUCGUAUAACAGGUCUAACAUUCGAAAGUGAAUUAUACUCUUCAGAAUACAGUGUAGAUGAUCCUGAACUGAAGACUCUUCUCUACUGCUCUGCCAACCCAAAGGCCGCAAAGAAGAAAAAGAAGAAGGCAGUGAAAGAGGAAGCUGCAAGUAUGGAAGUUGAAGCCGCUGCUUGAACGAGUUCCAUGGCUUAUUAGGAAACACAAACUUUAUAUUUUUUGUACAUACAAAAUACCCUUUUUGGAAAAAUUUGGAAAUAAUUUUUUAUAAGAAAAUGGGAUGUCCAUUGUUAAUGUAUUUCUUCUCUUUCUAAUUUGGGUUUUCUGUUUUUACUCUUAACAUAGCAAUAUUGAUAUUUAUAAAAUCCUACAAAUGUUAAUGUAGUGAAAAUGCGUUGAACGGGAGAAAGUUCUUUUAAUGUACCUGUUUCAAAACUCAAUAUGUACAUUGUAAGGGAAAAAGUAUAUAGCAUGUAAUGUUGACAAAAAUUGCAGGUUUUAAAAUCUUAUUUUAUUCACUUAACUAGAAAUGUACCUCUUUCUAAUAAAAUUUGAAUGUAAAACAUUUUUUGUAAUAUAUAUAUAUGUAUGUAUGUUGUUUAUUUUUUAAUGUUGAAAAUACUAUUGCAAAUUUUUUUUUUUUUUGGUGCAAUGAUCAUGAUAUCCAUUCAUUCAUGCAAUUUUAAAAGUUGUAUAUUAUCAAUCCGAAAGGGAAGUUAAGAUUUAUUUUUAAUUUGAGAAUGAGGUUGAAAUUAUUUCUAAUUGUAUGUAAUAAGAUUAAAGUUAUAACGUAAACUUUUUUGAAAGGUUUGAAAAUAAGAUUUUAAAGUUUUUUACAUUCUCCAUUUUUUCGUAAUUCCUUUUUUUUUUACUCUUCAGUGCAAUGUCUCAUAAGGCCAUAAAAUGUAAAUAUAUUUUUAAAUCUACCAAAACUGCUACUUAAGUUUAAUUAGCCUAAUUAUCACGAGAAAUAAAGAUUACUUACUUAAUGACUUUCAGUUUAUAAUAAUGAAAUCACUUUUAUGAACUAAUAAAAGUGCCUUCUCGAUAUUAAUGAUGGAGGCAUUUUUCUUAAUUAUUUAUUUGUUAAUAUUUUUUCUAUAAAAACUUUUAGUUUUAUGAAGUAAUGCUUAUUAAUCAAUUGAUGUUAAACAAAGUAAAAGUGAUAAAUGUGUCACAAAGUUUUCUUUUUGGAAUAUAAGAGUUUCUGUAAAUUUAAAAAAAAAAUAUAUAUAUGUAUAUGUAAGUUUUGCAUUGAUCAGAAACUAUAGUCAUUAAUUGAUGAUUAACCAGAAAAUUAUAAAUGUCCAAGGGAACAGUUUGGUAACAAAAUAGUUCAAAUAAAGUUUGUCUACAAG